AUGGAUGGAAACCUCUUCAAACAGCAGCAGCAGCCACCACCUCCGCCUCCGCCCUCUUUCGACGCCCUUUCUUCCUCUCCGAACCGCUUGAUGAAAAGCUCAAAGGUUCCGCCUAAGAAACGACCGAAAAUGGAGGGUUGCGAUUCCGCGGACGACGUCCACGUUCAAUCGGACACCGAGGUAGUCGUUCCUGCGGUUCCUCCGAAAAAGUGUGCGGUCACCGUACAGACGGAGCCGACUUUCGAUCCGACAGUGGUUUCCGUACCGGCGAUGAAGGACGAUGUUGAUAACAAGACGAUCGUAGAUACUCAAGUUUUACAUAAAGAACUCAUGGACGUUCGUGGGGCGCUUGACCAGGAACGCCGCCUACGCCUGCUGCUCGAGGAACAGCUUCACUCCCUUGAGUUGUCUAGGCUGCAGGCCCUCCGGCAGAUGUCCACCGUCGCGAUGAUGGACUACCAGCAGCAGCAACAGCACCACAAUAACGUUCAGGCUCCAGUCUUACCGGUUGCUUCUAACUAUGAUACUCUUCCGCUUCUUUCCUUGUCGUUUUCUCCCGCAAUACCAUCUCCGCGUUCGACGCCUAUUUGUCCAUCCGAGAGUGCCGGAGUCAACAACGGUUCAUCCCCGCCUCCGCCGCCGCCUGCCCCUCAUUCGGUUAGCGCUUCCCCGGGUGUCGUUGAUCCUGUCGUCUCCGCCAAUUACAACAACAGUCGAUGUGUGUCUAGUUGCGUUUAUCCCGUUAGUUCUAAACAAAGCUUGGAGGCUAUUGUGGAAGCAAUUCGUCACUUGGAGGGCGAUCAGAUGUUCGUCGACAGUGGCGACUACGCGUCCGACAGCGCCGCUGAAAGGCGAAGGUCGUUGAUGUGUUCUGGUGCUCUGACCGAAGUUGCGGACAACUGUGUUUCACAGUCUAGGCCAGCGAUAAUCAUAUCUCCUUUGUUGUAA